GAGGUCUGGACCUGCUCUCCUGGGCCAGCUCUCCCUCCCGAGUCGUUUCCUGCGGGGCCCCAGGCCCGCAGACUGCGCAGCACUUCCGCCUCGAGCUGCUCAAGGCCUGAGGGGUCUGGGCCCCCCCCUCCGCAGCCGCUGUAGCCGAAGGCGCCCCCCCUGUCCUCGGUGGGCUGAUGGGCGCUCCCCUGUCCUGUCCUUGGCGGGCCGACGGGCCGACCGGCGCGCGGGCUGCCCCCAGGGCGGCUUCGGCGGCACGGGGCGACACGGUGUGUUUGCAGAAUCAUCUGCAGGCGCUGCGGGGCGACGACCGAUAUAACGAAUUUGGGAUACUUAGGGUUAAGGAGUGGGGAGAGCGCGAGCGCGCGGCGAGGGCGCUCGGGGAGCUCGGCGACGCGGAGGCCGUGCCCGGGCUCCUGGAGGCGCUGCGGGGCGACGCCGAUUCGAAGGUGCGCCGGGCGGCGGCGGCGGUGCUCGGGGAGCUCGGCGCCCUGAGGUCUGAUAGAUCUUGUUUUAAGACCGGUGACACAUAUGCAUGUUCAAAUUAUGAUAUUAAGAUCGUGUUCUUAUUAUAAGAUCGCGAUCUUAUUAUAAGAUCGCAACGCUUCUUUUCUGUAUGUUUGAACAUAUUUGAUAACAUAUCUUGUCAAUCUACAAUGUUACGACAUAUGUUUUUGAAUGUUUCAAUGUCUCGCGCGUGCUUCUCUUCUGUUUUUCUCUUGUGUACAUUGCAUGGCCAAAGAGUGAUCGAAUUGCGGUGACAGCACGCGGAAGAGAGCAG